UUCCUCCUAAUCUAUUUAGGCUUAAUCCAACACAUUCAUUCAUCGGUGAUACUUUGUCCUAAAACAUGGAAUACAAACACUUCAGCCACCCCCACAACUUAAUCAUCCACCGCGCCUACGAGCUAGGCAAACAAGUCAACUGCUCAGGCUGCGACUUCCCGUGUGACAACACCACCACCGCAGUCCACGCCUGCCACCAAUGCAACUUUUUCCUCCAUGACCACUGCGCUAACGCGGCCCGUUAUGUCAAACACCCAUGUCACAAACCCCACCCUCUCAUCCUCCUCCCUUACCCGACCUACGCGGGAAGCACCUUCAUUUGUAACGCGUGUAACCGUCCCGGAAGAUCCUUCUCCUACUGCUGCGCCCUAUGCGAGUUUGACCUUCAUGUGGGCUGCGCUUUCUUGCCAGUCUCGGUCACUCACCGAGACCAUGAACAUGAACUUGGUCUUUACUACGGCGUCCCCGUGGUACCUAGGAGGGGGAGUAACAUUGAUCAAGAAUAUUGUAACAUAUGUAAGAAUGUUUUGGAGACAAGGAAUUGGGCUUAUUGUUGUAGAAGUUGUGAUUUUAAUGUGCACACUGCUUGUGCCACCAAUGAGGUGGUGCCCGGGUUGUACCAGGAUAAUUCGCCUGAGUCUGGAGCGGUGGAGGGGCCGGGGCCGGCGGCACAGGCAGGUGGAAGUGGUGGGAAUGGGGUGGAGUUGGAGUUGACGGAAGAUGAGCUUGCUGCUAUGUUGUUUGAGUUGAAGCUUCAGAUGAUGGCUCAAAGCAUUGCUACAAUGGGCAAUAUUAAAUAAGGUUUUGUUCAUUGUAGGUUUGUUGAGGUUUUAUUGUUUACUUUGUUGGUUUUUCUAUGUUUAUUUCCGAAUCUCUAUGUCGCCUGUCGGCUGAAUGAAAAAAGCUUAUAGAUGAACCUUUUAUUUAUAAAAAUAUAUGUGGUUCGAUGCUCUUAA